ACGACCACCAGCUACAACGAGCUGGAGCGCAGCCUGGGCGGUCUUGGGCGGAGCUUCGACGAACUUGGGUGGAGCUACGAGGACCAAGGGAGAAGGUGCGGUUAUCAAUGGCAGCCGUGUGGAGACGGCUGGCACCGUGCUAAUUACGAGAACACGCAAUGCCCGGCUGAGUUCGCGCUUCUACCGUGGCCGCAGCAAAAAAUGGCGCUGGCUGACGUGCACGAUUCAUCUCUGUCCACCAAAUCCAUCCCUCAGUGUGUUCACUUACCGUGUCCGUCCACCAAAACACAACCAAAGGCCGGCAACACCAGCUGCGGC